AAUAUGUGUAAAUAACAACAAACACUGGCAACACUAUAAUUGUAUAUGGUUACCAACUAGUACAUUAUUCUACAACACUACAGCCAACUUCAGGUUGUACAUUGACAUUUUGCAAAUUUCUUGACUAGGAGACUUGUAGCAAAUCCAAAAAAUGGCUGACAAAGUUGUUGAAAAGCCCGUUGGCAACCCCAUGAAAUUCCCUUACACCUUUUCUGCCAAAAUCGCUCAAUUCCCAUUGAAGCACUACAUUAAGAAUCAAUGGAUCUGGCGCUACUACUUCCUUGCCUUUGGUUUGUCUAUUCCUGUCUUCUACAAGAUUAGCAAAUUGGCUAACUCUCCUGGUAACAAGAAAGCCUGGGCUGAAUCACAAGCCAAGGAACAUGCCGAACACCAUUAGGAUUAUAGAAUACUGCUGCAUGGCGAGGAGAACUUCAAGUUUUUAUCAUUGCCAUGGAUCACUUUGUGUAUUUAGAUUAUUUUCCAUUUAAAUAUUUUCGAUUAUAAUAAAUGUCAAUCUUAAAUCGGAGUUCUAAACUGUAA